AUGGCGAAGAAAAGAAAAGCAUCAGGCCGAACCGGUGGUGGGGAUGGUGCCCAAGAAUUGGAUCCCAAAGGUGGUAGGAUGGGACCAAUUACCACGUACGAAGAUAUUGCGGAUUCGGAGGAUGAGUUCCACAUCAAUCGCGACAAGGUUAUGCUGGAUGAUGGUCCCGAUGCUAAGAGACGACGUAAAUUAGAGGAGGAAGAUGCACUACUCCAACCAUCAGAUGAGGAGGUCUUAGGAUAUUCUUCUGAGAGCUCCGAUGAGGACGAAGAAGGUGCGGACGAUAUCCGUCGCAACCCGUCGAAAGCCCAGGACUCCGAUGAGGAAGCAGGAGAAGGCGAGGAGGAAGAUGAAGAAGGCUGGGGCACAUCCAGGAAAGAUUACUACAACGCAGACGAAAUUCAAACCGAAGCAGAUGCCCUGGAGGAAGAAGCUGAAGCAAAGCGUCUGCAGACGAAGAAGCUACAAAAGAUGACAGAAGCUGAUUUCGGGUUUGAUGAGAGCGAAUGGCUUGAUGGGGGCGCCCAGGAGGAUGAGGACAAAGAUGUCGUAACGGAAGUAUUGAAGGAUAUUGAGAUUACCGCCGAGAUGGGGCCCGACGAGCGAUUCCGGAUAUUGAAGAGUCGAUACCCGGAGUUCGAAUUCUUAGCGGAUGAGUUUGUUGCACUCCAGCCCACGUUUGUCGAGUUACAGCAACAGAUGGAGCUGGAGAAUGCAGCGAGGAAAUCAUCACUAGGAGAUAUUUCGACUAUAGUGGUUAAAUGCAGAGCAUUGGCUGCAUACAUGGCAUCGUUGACGAUGUAUUUCGCUAUAUUGACCUCGCCAUCAAAGGACGAUGCAACUCCAAUUGGCCAUGCUCUGGACCCCGCGGAACUGCGCGACCACCCCGUCAUGGAGAGCUUAUUGCAAUGCCGAACUUUAUGGUCAAAAGUCAAGGCUUUGAAGACUCCCGCUCCGGUGUCGACCGGAUCUGAGCCCGAGUCUGAUUCCGAGCCCGAAGAGCUUUCCACUACAAAGUCAACUGGCCUGGCUAAGCCCACUACAAGCUCUACUUCAAAGAAUACCCAACCAACGGAAAACUUACAUAAGAAGGCAUUUCCCGUGGAUCCCUCCCUAGCUGACCUCGACCUUCUCCUUCCAUCUCGGAAAUCACAAUCCCUUAAGCCCCCAAAACCCUCCGCCAUUUCCUCGAAGGUUGACCACGACUCAGACACGGACAACUCCGACUUUGGAGAAGAAACCCAUCUGUCCACAAAAGAAGCCGCUCAAAAAGCCAUCCGCAAGAAGACACUCAAAUUUUAUACCUCCCAAAUCGCUCAAAAAUCAAAUAAGCGUAUAGGCGCUGGGCGUGACGCAGGAGGUGACGAUGAUUUACCGUACCGAGAGCGACUGCGGGAUAGGCAGGCGCGUUUGAAUGCCGAGGCUGAGAAGAGAGGGAAGAAGUUGGAUGACUAUGGAAGAGGAAAUACCAAUACGAAAGGAACGGACCUUGGUGCUGAGAGCGAUGGCAAUGAUGAAGGGGAGAAGGCAAGAAGUGAAGGCGAGGAUGAUGAGUACUACAACAUGAUAACGUCAACGUCCAAACGCAAAAAGGCCGCAAAGCAGGAAAAUGUGGAUAAUAUGAAGAGUCUCGAGGCAGCUAAUGCACUGGAUCGCGUUGAGGAUGUAGGCGAGUUGGAUGAGGAUGGUAAGAGAGCCAUUUCGAGGCAGAUCUCCAAAAAUAAGGGCUUGACGCCAAAUCGGAAAAAAGACGUGCGCAACCCGAGAGUCAAGAAGAGGAAGAAGUACGAGGAGAAGAAGAAGAAGCUGGGAAGCAUGAAGCCGGUUUGGAAGGGUGGUGAAGAGAAGGGUGGAUAUGGUGGUGAGAAGACGGGUAUCAAGGCCGGAUUGGUUAAGAGUAGAAAGCUUUGA